CUCAGGUACAAGACAAGAUGAUGCACCAACCAGCCGUACCGAUGAUGGUCUCACUCGUUGUGUUUUGUACCACCUUAGUCUACCUGCCAGGUUGUGUGUGUUCGUGGUCAAGGGCAUCUCGUCACGUCAUACCCCCUUCUACAGUACCUGGACCCACUCUACCUCCUGUGUUUGAUCCCCUUGUGCCCACCAACGUCACCGUCACCGCCUCCAAGACCGUGUUACUGUCCUGCAUCGUCCACAACCUUGGUAACAACUCCGUGUCGUGGAUAAGACACCGCGACCUGCACAUACUCUCCGUGGGUUCGGUGACGUACACAAGUGACUCGAGGUUUGAGGCGGUGCCGCAUGCGGGUAAAGGUGACUGGUUGUUGAGGUUACAAUACGCCCACCCGCGAGAUUCUGGCCAAUACGACUGCCAGGUAUCUAGUGCACCGCCCACCGCCCGUACCACCCACCUUACUGUUAUAGAACCACAAGCCAAGAUCCUGGGAGCCCCGGAUAUCCACGUGGGAAUGGGGUCACCAAUCAACCUGACGUGUGUGGUACCUUACUCCCCCGAGCCCCCGGACUACCUGCACUGGUACCAUAAGGAGCGGAUGGUGCGGGAGGAUGGGGUGCGGGUGUGGCUAAAGACGAACCUGGGACACAGGAGUGUAAGCCAACUGGUAGUGAUGAACGCGGCGCCCCGGGAUUCUGGCGUCUACACCUGUAAUCCAGCCCACUCCCUCGAGCAUUCCAUCACCGUACACGUCCUCACAGCAGGAGAGUACCCGGCAGCGAUGCAAGGAGGAUCGUCAGUGACCUGUGCUGGUCGUCGCGUGUGGGCACUACUGGUGACCGCUGUCCUCAUCACUACAGUCACCACCUCGCUCCUCUUACCUUCAGCCUUACCACUUGUUUUCCCUGACUCUCCCGUGUAUCUGACCCGCUCACGCCACAAGCUGGACACUGCACCCCUGACCCGCUCACGCCACAAGCUGGACACUGCACCCCUGACCCGCUCACGCCACAAGCUGAACACUGCACCCCUGACCCGCUCACGCCACAAGCUGAACACUGCACCCCUGACCCGCUCACGCCACAAGCUGGACACUGCACCCCUGACCCGCUCACGCCACAAGCUGGACACUGCACCCCUGACCCGCUCACGCCACAAGCUGAACACUGCACCCCUGACCCGCUCACGCCACAAGCUGGACACUGCACCCCUGACCCGCUCACGCCACAAGCUGGACACUGCACCCCUGACCCGCUCACGCCACAAGCUGGACACUGCACCCCUGACCCGAUCACAUCGUAAACAUAAUAAUAGUUGUUAA